CAAAAUCUUUGCCGCAACAGCAGCAGUAGCUGUUCUGUUCGAUCGGUUCUUCGCUUUUCACCACUGGCGAUGGAUAAUCGCUUAGCUGAUUAAAAGAAAAAUUCAGGAUUUUCACCGGUGAAUAAUCAGUAAACUGUGUCAAAAUGCGAGUGCUAGUUAAAAUUGCAAUCCUUAUUGCAAUUUCAUUGUGCUUGUUCCAUCAUGUGCAGAGCCAGGCCAAGGGAAAGGGCUCGCAAACCCUAUCGGAGAAAGUUCAGCAGCUGCUGGACAUGAAUGCCAAGAGGCCAGUCAUGCGCUUCAAUGGGAACCGUUUCCGGGACUUUGUCAAAUCUGCCCCGCGAAACUACUCGGUGGUAAUUAUGUUCACGGCCAUGGCACCGGCCCGGCAGUGUGUCAUCUGUCGGCAUGCCCACGACGAGUACACGAUAGUGGCCAAUUCCUAUCGGUACUCGCAGACCUACUCGAAUAAGUUGUUCUUUGCGAUGGUGGACUUCGACGAGGGCUCGGACGUGUUCCAAAUGCUGCGCCUGAACACGGCCCCGGUGUUCAUCCACUUCCCGGCCAAGGGCAAACCGAAACCGGCCGAUACCAUGGAUAUCCAGCGCGUUGGAGUGUCCGCGGAGGUCAUUGGCAAGUGGAUUCAGGAGCGUACGGACAUUCAGAUCAGAAUCUUCCGACCACCGAACUACUCGGCCACGGUGGCCAUUCUCAUGCUGACGGCCUUCGUCGGAGGAUUCCUUUAUCUACGUCGGAACAAUCUGGACUUUUUGUACAACAAGCAGAUGUGGGGCUUCUUGGCGGUCAUUUUCUGCUUUGCGAUGGUAUCCGGACAAAUGUGGAAUCACAUCCGAAGCCCGCCGUUUGUCCACAAGGGUCAAAAUGGAGGUAUUGCCUACAUCCAUGGUUCCUCCCAGGGGCAAUUGGUGAUCGAGACAUACAUCGUUAUGUUCUUGAAUGCAAUGAUCGUCGCCGGUAUGAUUCUGCUGACAGAGUCUGGCUGGCAAAGCGACCCCCGGAAAGGGAAGAUUGCCGCUGUCGUCGGUUUGGUACUGGUUGCCGUGUUCUUCUCGCUAAUCUUGUCGAUUUUCCGAUCGAAGGCUCAAGGAUAUCCUUAUAGCUUCUUAUUCAAAUAACUUUGAAUCAUCUGAGAGUGCAAUGAAAGUCCUACUAAAAGCCGAGUGAUAGCAAUGGAACACUGUGCGUGUGUUGAGCACCACCAUCAAUUUGGCACGAAUGUGUAGGAAUAAUACCUACACGUAAAAAUGCGAAAAGUACUAAUUGUUAGGACCGAAAACACCAAGGAAAUCACAUUGAUUUACAAACACACACACAAACAUUACCCAUUACGCUAGUGAGAACUAAUGAAUUAGUGCAAGAAAAAUCUGUUCCGUCAAAAAACAUCAUCGGGAAAAAAUAACUUUAUUGUUUGUUUAGUGUUUUAAAUUUACUGCGAAAUUUUUACUUCUGUGUAAUUGCGGAAAUUAAACUUGAUGGGGUCUCCCGUAUGAGAUCCUCUAUGGGUUACAAAAUAGAAAA